CCAUCAUACCCAGAAUGCACAGAGACUCUAACACAGAUACAUUUUCAUGCAUGUGGAAAUAGCGGCGGGCUCCGUUUCAAAGUGUCAUUUUAGGUACGAAGACAACGAAAUAAAAACUCAGAUGAAUGAAGUGCCCGCUUGAUGCUCUGCUAGUGAAGAUUGGAUGAAGUCUUAAGCUGGCGGUCAUGGCAGCGUUUGAAUUGUAUACUAAGUAUGCCCGAGUGUGGGUUCCCGACUCAGAUGGCGUGUGGAAGCCUGCAGAGCUGACCAGGGACUACAAGCAAGGGGACUCUGUGCUGCAUCUGCUGCUGGAGGAUGGAAUGCAUGUCGAGCAUCCCUUGGACCCCGAAGCGCCGAACCUACCCCCCCUUCGGAACCCUGACAUUCUGGUGGGCGAGAAUGACCUCACCGCUCUCAGUUACCUCCAUGAACCUGCCGUCCUUCACAACCUCAAAGUGCGUUUCAUCGACUCCAAGCUCAUCUACACUUACUGCGGUAUCGUCCUGGUGGCCAUCAAUCCCUACGAAAACCUCCCGAUCUAUGGAACAGACAUCAUCAACGCCUACAGCGGCCAAAAUAUGGGCGACAUGGAUCCCCACAUCUUUGCCGUGGCAGAGGAGGCUUACAAGCAGAUGGCCAGGGAUGAAAGGAACCAGUCCAUCAUCGUCAGCGGGGAGUCCGGCGCGGGCAAGACCGUCUCUGCCAAGUACGCCAUGCGCUACUUUGCCACGGUCAGCGGGUCCGCCAGCGAGGCCAACGUGGAGGAGAAGGUGCUGGCAUCCAACCCCAUCAUGGAGGCCAUUGGAAACGCCAAGACCACUAGGAAUGACAACAGCAGUCGUUUUGGGAAGUACAUUGAGAUCGGCUUUGACAAGAGGCACCGCAUCAUUGGAGCGAAUAUGAGAACCUACCUGCUAGAGAAAUCCCGGGUGGUAUUCCAGGCAGAAGAUGAAAGGAACUACCACAUCUUCUACCAGCUUUGUGCCUCCUCCCACUUGACGGAGUUUCAGGCCCUUAAAUUAGGCAGUGCGGGGGACUUCCUGUGUACCAACCAAGGUCGAAGCCCGAUUAUCGAGGGUGUGGACGACGCCAAGGAGAUGUCCAUGACCAGAAACGCUUUCACCUUACUGGGGAUCAAUGACUCAUAUCAGAUGGGGGUGUUUCGGGUCCUGGCUGCCAUUCUCCAUCUCGGCAACGUGGAAGUGAAGGACCGGGAUGCUGAUAGCAGUACAAUCCAGGCUAACAACAGCCACCUGAUGGUGUUCUGUGAGCUCCUGGGUGUGACGUACCAGGACAUGGCCCACUGGCUGUGCCACAAGAAGCUGAAGACCACCACAGAGACGUACAUCAAGCCCCUGCCCAAGUUGCAGGCUGUGAACGCCCGGGACGCCCUCACCAAGCAUAUCUACGCCAAGCUCUUCAGCUGGAUCGUGGAUCGUGUCAACAGGGCCCUGCAGUCCUCUGUCAGACAGCACUCCUUCAUCGGGGUGCUGGACAUCUACGGGUUUGAAACCUUCGAGGUUAACAGCUUUGAACAGUUCUGUAUAAACUAUGCCAAUGAGAAGCUGCAGCAGCAGUUUAACAUGCACGUCUUCAAACUGGAGCAGGAGGAGUACAUGAAGGAGCAGAUCCCCUGGACGCUCAUUGACUUCUACGACAACCAGCCCUGUAUCAACCUGAUCGAGGCCAAGAUGGGCAUCCUGGACCUUCUAGAUGAAGAGUGCAAGAUGCCCAAAGGCUCAGAUGACUCAUGGGCUCAGAAGCUGUAUAACACGCACCUGAAGAUGUCCUCCCUCUUCGAGAAGCCUCGUUUGUCAAACAAGGCCUUCAUCGUGCAGCAUUUUGCGGACAAGGUGGAGUAUCAGUGUGAGGGAUUUCUGGAGAAAAACAAGGACACUGUCAAUGAAGAGCAGAUCACCGUGCUAAAAGCAAGCAAGUUUGAGCUGCUGGUAGAGCUGUUUCAGGAUGAGGACAAAUCCACUAGUCCGGUCGGACCUCCCUCGGGUGGCCGGACUCGGCUCAGCGUCAAACCCAACAGGACUCACCCUGGCCUGUCUAGUAAGGAGCACAGAAUGACCGUGGGGCUGCAGUUUCGUAACUCACUCCAUUUGCUGAUGGAAACCCUGAACGCCACCACCCCUCACUACGUACGCUGUAUCAAGCCAAAUGACUUCAAACUGCCCUUUACGUUUGACCCCAAGAGGGCAGUACAACAGCUCAGAGCAUGUGGUGUCCUGGAAACCAUCCGAAUCUCCGCAGCCGGGUUCCCAUCCAGGUGGACAUAUCAAGAGUUCUUCAGUCGUUAUCGGGUUCUAAUGAAGCAGAAGGAUGUUCUCACUGACAAGAAGUUAACAUGCAAGAAAGUUCUGGAGAAGCUGAUCAAGGAUGAGGACAAGUACCAGUUUGGCAAGAACAAGAUCUUCUUCCGCGCGGGUCAGGUGGCCUACCUGGAGAAGCUGCGAGCGGACAAGCUGCGGGCAGCCUGCAUCCGCAUCCAGAAGACCAUCCGCUGCUGGCUGCAGCGUAAGAAGUACCUGCGCAUGAAGAACUCUGCUGUCACCAUCCAGAGACACGUGCGCGGUUACCAGGCGCGAUGCCUGGCCAAAUUUCUGCGACAGACCCGGGCAGCCAUCAUUAUCCAGAAAUACCAGCGCAUGUUUUUGGAGAGGAAGCGCUACAAGCAGCAGCUGGCUGCAGCCCUCAUCAUCCAGUGCAUCCUGCGGGCGUACAUGGCCAGGCAGCAGUACAGGAUGCUUCUCCGUGAGCAUAAGGCGACCAUUAUCCAGAAGCACAUGCGCGGCUGGAUGGUGCGGCAGUGGUACAAGCACUCCCUGGCCACCGUGGUCUACCUGCAGAGCUGCGUGCGCCGCAUGAGGGCCAAGCGCGAGCUCAAGAAACUGAAGAUCGAGGCGCGCUCAGUGGAGCACUUCAAGAAGCUCAACAUCGGCAUGGAGAACAAGAUCAUGCAGCUGCAGCGCAAGGUGGACGAGCAGCAUAAGGACAACAAGGCCAUCACGGAGCGCCUGGUCGGCUUGGAGAGCUCGCACACAGCGGAGAGCGAGAAGCUGCGUGCAGAGGUCACCCGUCUGCGCGGCACCGAAGUGGAAGCCAAGAACAACGCCGGCCGCAUCAGCGCCUUGCUGGAGGAGCUGGAAGCCCUCCGCAUCGAGAAGAGCGUGUUGGAGGAGUGGGCGGAGACGUACCGAGAUGAGAUGGAGCAGAUGGUGGCAGACCUUAAGGAGCAGAACACCCUGCUCAAGAGCGAGAAGGACGAGCUGAACCGGCUGAUCCAGGAGCAGGCAGAGCUGAUGGCAGAGAGGAUGCAAAGGGUUCUGCAGGAAGAGACCAGGCAGCUUGAGAAUGAGCUGAACGAGGAGCGCUCUCGCUACCAGAACCUGCUCAGUGAGCACCUGCAGCUGGAGGAGCGCUACGAUGACCUCAGGGAGGAGAUGAACUUGACCUUGCAUGUCCCCAAGCAGGGCCGGCUGAGGACCGACUCCACCCAAAGCAGCAACGAGUCAUACAGCUCGGAGCUCAUCGAGUCUGAGGACGGCUCUCGUGGGCUUGAGGUGAGGCCUUGUGAUCCACACACACCACACCACAGUCACACCACACCUGAGAAGGGCAAUGGGGGACUUUGUAGCGGCUGGAAUGCUGGGAUGAACAGGGCUCUGGCUCCAAAAAUGACUGCAGAUUUCGCACCAAAUGUGAUCUUUUCCCAGAAAAACACCCCUUUCUCCCUGUGCCACUUACACCUAAAAGUGUGUGAUUAUCCUAUUCCGACAUCUGCUUGCCGUAUCCCAAGAGGAUGUCACCAUUGGACCUUGAUAUGUCUUUUUUUUUUUGUAUGCUUGAAGCUACAGAAGAGAGAUGAGGAGCUGGAGCAGGAGAAGCAGGACAAGCUGGAGCGAGGAGAGGGCCAGUUCCAGCGGGGCGGAGGCGGGCAGGAUGACGAGGAGCUCAAGGUGUAUCGUGGAGCAGAGCUGGAGUACAAGUCCCUCAAGCGCCAAGAGCUGGAGUGCGAGAACAAGAAGCUGAAGCACGACCUUAACCAGAUGCGGCAGCUGCUGAUGGACGAGGCCCCCGUUAUCAGCACGGGGGCACCGUCACCUGCUUACAAGCUGCUCCUGGACCAGCUGAACUCGGCCAGUGAGGAGCUGGAGGUGUGCAAGGAGGAGGUUCUAGUUCUGCGCUCCCAGCUGGUGAACCAGAAGGAAGCCAUGCAGCAGAAGGAAGAGAAGGAGACGAAGGAGCUAACACUGUCCUACACGGAGGAGGUGCAGCAGAUGAAAGGUGAAGGAGAGAUAACAUGCGUGAAGGAGAGCCACAGGGUGCUGGAGGCGCAGCUGCAGACCCAGAGGAGCAACUAUGAGAAUGAGCUGGAGGUGCUGCGUGGGGAGCUGCAGAACCUGCGGGAGGAGAACAAUCGGCAACAGCAGCUCCUGGCCCAGAACCUGCAGCUGCCCCCAGAGGCUCGCAUCGAGGCCAGCUUGCAGCACGAGAUCACGCGGCUCACCAACGAGAACAUGGAUCUCAUGGAUCAGCUGGAGAAGCAGGAGAAGAUCAUCCGCAAAUUCAAGAAGCAGCUCAAGAUUUUUGCCAAGAAGAUCGGCGAACUGGAGGGGGGACAGACAGAGGCCGUGUCCCCGGGACAGGUGGCCGAUGAGCCGGUGCAGCCUCUAAACAUCCCUCGCAAAGAGAAGGACUUCCAGGGAAUGCUGGAGUACAAGAAGGACGAUGAGGUGAAGUUAGUGAAGAACCUUGUCCUGGACCUGAAGCCCCGCGGUGUGGCCGUGAACGUCAUCCCCGGCUUGCCGGCCUACAUCCUCUUCAUGUGCCUGAGGCACUCCGACUACAUCAACGACGAUCAGAAGGUCCGCAGCCUGCUCACCUCCACCAUCAGCAGCAUCAAGAAGAUCCUAAAGAAACGGGGCGACGACUUCGAGACCAUUUCCUUCUGGCUCUCCAACACCUGCCGCUUCCUGCACUGUCUGAAGCAGUACAGCGGUGAGGAGUCUUUCAUGAAGCACAACACCCCCAGGCAGAGCGAGCACUGCCUCACCAACUUCGACCUGGCUGAGUACCGGCAGGUGCUGAGCGACCUGGCCAUCCAGAUCUACCAGCAGCUCAUCAGGUGCAUGGAGACCAUCCUGCAGCCCAUGAUCGUCUCCGGCAUGCUGGAGCACGAGACCAUCCAGGGGGUGUCGGGGGUGAAGCCCACGGGCCUCCGCAAGCGGACGUCCAGUGUGGUGGACGAGGGUACCAACACGCUGGACUCCAUCCUGCGGCAGAUGACUGUCUUCUACUCCACCCUGUGCCUGCACGGCACCGACGCGGAUCUCAUCAAGCAGGUUUUCCGCCAGCUCUUCUACAUCAUCGGCGCCGUCACCUUCAACAACCUGCUUCUGCGUAAGGAUAUGUGCUCCUGGAGCAAGGGGAUGCAGAUCAGGUACAACGUCAGCCAGCUGGAGGAGUGGCUCAGGGAAAAGAACCUGGUGACUUGCGGCGCCAGGGAGAUGCUGGAGCCCCUGGUCCAGGCGGCGCAACUGCUGCAGGUCAAGAAGAAAACGGAUGAGGACGCCGAGGCCAUCUGCUCCAUGUGCCAUAACCUCACCACCAUGCAGAUUGUUAAAGUGCUGAACUUGUACACUCCUGUGAAUGAGUUUGAAGAAAGGGUUUCAAUAACGUUCAUUCGAACAAUACAGACACGCUUGCGAGAUCGGAAGGAGUCGCCCCAGCUACUCAUGGACACAAAAAUCAUCUACCCCGUCACAUUCCCCUUCAACCCCUCCUCGCUCGCGCUGGAGACUGUUCAGAUACCGUCUAGUCUGAAUCUGAGCUUCCUCGUACGAGUGUAGAAGAAUCCGCUCUCAGAUGUCUGCAGAUCUGGGGGACCCUCCUGCGGGAGAUGUGACGCUAGCUCAGGUGUCUGAGUCUCAGCUAGAGACCCUGUUAAAAUCAUAUGCUUAGUAGAAAAAAAGUCUUACAAUAAAAAGCUUUGCAUAAUUGCAAACAGAUUUAUGUGACAUUUAAGGUAAACCUUUGGCAUUUUGGGGAAAGGGGUGUUGGAGCCUUAAUGCCACCGGAAUGGGUUAAUAUUAACCGUUAUAGUUGAAGUAGGGAGUGCGCGGUCCUCGGGGCGCGUGUCUGAGGUGGGUACUCGGAGACAAAGCGAACUGCAUUCGUAAUUAAAUUAGUUUUUAGCUGAUUAAAUUCCCAUCAUUUCCACUACAAGCAUUCUAAAUAAAUAUUAAUAAUUUAUUUUGCCUCGUUUUCCGAUAACACAAAAACACUAAUAGUGAAUGUUUGCCAGUUUCAUCAUGCAAACAGUUUAAGUAUGGAUUUAACAUACACCUCUAAUCGACGAUGAUUUAAUUUCUGUCAUUGUUACGUACGCAGAUUUCUGCACAUAUACACAGUUAAUCCUACUUGCAAAAAUCACCAUGCUUCUCCAAAAGCCCUGUUCCCGUGUCCCUUCUGUUCAGUGCAAUCCUGCGUAAUCCUGGGCUAUUGCAUGACCUCGGUACAACUGGAAAAACAAGCACCUGCGCUUCUGUGAACAGGAUAUCGGGGGGGAGAGUCCG